GCUCUCUCUCUCUCCUCCCAUCUUGAUCUCUCUCUCUCAUAAUUCCACACCCUAGCGGACACGCAGACACCAGCAGACGCAGUCUGGAUAAUCAUAGCAGACACAGUAUCCUUCUCUCUUUUUACCAGUCAGUGGAUAAAGCCACUUUGUGCCCUACGCAAACAUGUCUGACAAGCCAGACCUCACAGAAAUCGCCAAGUUUGACAAAACCAAGCUGAAAAAGACAGAGACAAAAGAGAAGAACCCUCUUCCCACCAAAGAAACCAUUGAGCAGGAGAGGAAAGGAGACGCCACCCCAUGACCUAUGGGAGCAGAAGACAAGCACAAAAGAUGAUGACAGACAUUACAAUUUCCUAUUUCUGUUUUAAGGGUGCUAUUGCCCCAUGUGAUGCAUGGUUACUAUGGUGAUUGGAGUCACUGGGGCUUCUGAUUGGGAGAGUGAUUGAUGGGGAGGAUGUGAGACAGGGUUUAAACUAGUUAUUUUACCCAGUUCUGUAAGGUGCAGUGAUUUUUUUGUUUAUUUUCUAAAAGUGUUUCUUCAUGAAAUAAAGACAAAUGAUAUGUAAAACAAUAAAAUACCAAAAAUGA